GAAUUUUUUUAUCAAUCUGUUUAAAAAUCUCCUGACAUAAUGGCUCAACUUCCACUAUACCCAAGUCUGACUCCUCGUCUCGUGGACCCAGCAUGGUUUCAGGUAGACAAGCCUGUUGACCUUGCCCUGGAGCUCAAGGAGCAAGAGCAGCAUUAUCAGACACAGAUUCAGAGCAUCCAGCAAAAGGGGGGUGAUAUUCUGCCCAUUGGAAAGAGUGCUGCUGAACAGUAUAGUGAAGAUGAAGAAGAUGACAAUGAUGAUGACUAUGAUGAUGAUGACAAUGAUGAUGAUGAAGAAGAAGAUGAUGACUCAGAAAUGAAUGAUGAUUACUCUGAUCCAAUGUUGCAUUAGACAAGACUAAUUCAUUUGGCUUUUUCAACUAAUAAUCAUUCUUUACGUACUAUAUACUGUACAAUAUAUUUUAUUAGAAAAUUUAUAGAAUAAUUAAUUUUUUUUAAAUGAAGAAGAUGAUUCAUAAAUAUGAGAAAAUU